UGCAGAAAAAGCAAAACGCAAACGCUGCGAACUCAAUCGGUCGGCACUAUUAAAUCUGUAUACAAACGAAAGUCGAUUAAGUAGAACUGCAGCAGUGUAGCAUUUUAGCAUCGACGAACACGCGUUUCAAAUGUAUUGGCAAGGAACGUCGAUCGAACGAAAAUCAGAAGAAGAAAAAUCAAGACACGAAAGGCCAUGAUGUAAUGUAAAACGAUAGAAUUGAAAGUGAGUUCGCGUGUAUGUGUGGAUGUGUGUAUGUGUGUAUAUGUGUAUGCACGUAUUGUGAGCUAUACGAAUGCAUACCCUCGCUGAGCUCUGUGUACCGACAAUACAUUCACAUCAGUUUGCUGUGUUUGCAUUGGGUCGGAAAGAAGCAUCUGUCAUAUCGUAUAACACAAAACACUUUGUUCAAUGAAACCAACAACACUGGAGUUCAUUCAAUUCGCGCUCUCAUUAUUAUUUUCAUCAUAAAUUUCAAAUCCAUUAACACUAGUGACAAUUAAAGUAAAUAGUUUUUUUUUUUUUACUUGAAAAAGUGCUUCAAAUUUCUAAUUUCCAUUUUCGAACAAAAUCGUCUAGUUUUUUUCCUAAUUGACUCAGUAUUAUCAAGCGUGACGAACAUUUUAAAUCAUACUAAAAGAACAUUUUGAAACGGCAGCGUAAUAAAAAAAAAACAUCGACGUGAACAGUUAGUUCGUGAAAUAAAAAGUCGUAUUGCACGAAUAUGAGCCAACCGCGUGGUAAAGGUGGCAAUCCAGGCCGAAAUGGAAAACCAGCGAAUCAAGGUGGAAACGCUUGGGGAAAUCAAGGAAGGGGCGAUGGAAGACCGCAAAAUCAACGUCCACAAGGCAACCAAAAUCAAGCGCCACCGAAUUUUGCCGAUCCAAAUGCAUUUGGUCCACCACUUGGUGGACGAGCACGGCCAAAUCGUAAUCCAGAUGCGGCGGCAUCAGCUUCUCGUGCACCACCAGCAUCGACUUCUCGUGGUCCACCACCAUCCGUCUCACAGCCACAACAACCAAGUGGAAACACUCAAGCCGUAAAACCGUCGGCAUGGGGUCAAAGCAAGAAAUCCGGUGAAACUGAUUCGAGUGGAUCGUCAACAAAGCCUCAAUCAGUUGAAAAGACCCGUGUUGGGGCACCGAGAGGUGCGAUUCGUGGCGAUCGAUCGGAACAAAGUCUAGCUUUGGUUGAAACAAAACCAGGUCACGUUGCGUCGAAGAAAGGAAAUAGUGGACGUGUGUUCAACGUGAAGGCGAAUUAUUUUGCGCUCAACUCGAAAAUCAAGUGGCAAGUGUUCCACUAUCACGUGGAGUUCACGCCAGAGGUGGAAAAUCCGGCAUUCAAAAAUCUCUUGCUCGCUCAACAAAGACCACGAAUUGGAAAUUUUCUAUAUGAUCGUGGAUCAAGUAUUUUCACUGUUCGCCAGCUUGAAAGCGAACGAUUCGAGAUAAGCACUCGGGAUCGCGAUCAAAACGAAAUUUUGAUUAAGUUUUCGAGAGUCGGCUUGAUUUCACCGCUUGAAAUGCGGUUCAUCCAAUUGUUAAAUAUUAUUAUGAAGAAAGCGUUCAAAGAGCUCAAUUUGCAACGCGUUUCACGCGACUAUUUCGAUGCGGAUGCCCGGAUCGUUAUCAGACAGCAUAACAUUGAACUCUGGCCAGGCUAUACAACAUCGAUUCGCCAACAUGAAAAAAAUCUCUUGAUGAUGGCAGAAAUCAAGCAUAAAUUGAUGCGAACGGAAACAUUGCUGGAUGUUCUGCGACGAUGCUACACCAACAAUCGUAACAAUUAUCAGCAAGCGUUCCAACAAGAAGUGUUGGGCAUGAUCGUACUUACUCGGUACAACAACAAAACUUACCGCAUUUCCGAUGUCAUCUUUGAUGUGACACCAGCGGCAACAUUUGACACACGCGACGGUCCGAAAUCUUACAUCGAUUACUACAAGACCAAACAUGGUCUGCAGAUCACAGAUCCAGGCCAGCCUCUCCUGCGAUCUACCCCCACUGAACGAGAUAUCCGUGGAGCAAGAGGUCGCGAAGAAGAAGCUCGCCCAAUAAAUUUGAUUCCAGAGCUGUGUACUCCAACCGGAUACACUGAUGAAAUGCGUCGAAAUUUCAAUUUGAUGAAAGACGUUGCCAUUCACACUCGAGUCGGGCCAGGUCAAAGGAUUCAAAAGUUGAUUGCAUUCAAUAAUCGUCUGCAGAGCACUCCGACUAGUAUUGCAUGCCUUCGUGACUGGGACUUGGAUUUGGAUCGGGAUUUAGUUGAUGUGCCAGCUCGUCAAUUGCCAGCGGAGGAGAUUCAAUUGGGCCAAAAUGCAAAAGUUCGAGCUGAUCACCAAGCGUCGUGGACAAAUGCGUUGCAGGGCCGCAAUUCGAUGUUCAGUUCCGAAAGGUUGGCUGAUAAGCAAUGGGCAGUAGUUGUGCCACAAAGUUUACAACGAGAUGGACAGGCAUUCAUUCAAUGUCUUCGUGAUGUGUCGAAUGGAAUGGCGUUCCAAGUUGGCGAGCCGCAAAUAGUCAAUGUGCCGGACGAUCGGGCUACUACGUUGAGCAAUGUGUUGGAACAAAUUUGCAAUCAGAACAAGAAGAUGAUUGUAAUUAUGGUUAGCAACAACCAAGCUGAUCGUUACAGCAUCAUUAAAAAGGUUUGCAGUGUACGCCAUGCCGUUCCAUCGCAAGUGGUCACUCGACGUGUCAUGGAUUCGCGUGAUAUGCGCAAAAUGCGAUCGGUUGCAACAAAAGUGGCCAUUCAAAUCAACUCGAAAAUUGGCGGAAUGCCAUGGGCCGUUGAUGUUAAGUUAAGCAAUUGCAUGUUCAUUGGCUACGAUGUUUGCCAUGAUACACGUGAUCGAUCUCGUUCAUUUGGUGCUGUGGUCGCAACCAUGGAUAUGCGCCGAUCAACCAAAUUUUUCAGUGCGGUUUCAGCCCAUCAGAAUGGUGAAGAGCUGUCGAACAAUUUGUCUUUGAAUGUUGUGGCUGCAUUACGACAAUAUCGCGCUAUACAUAAAACGCUUCCCGAUCGUAUCCUAUUCUAUCGGGAUGGAGUUGGUGAAGGUCAAACCAAUUAUGUUUAUCAGCACGAGCUGCAGAAUUUGCUUAACAAUUUGAAGCAAUUCUAUGGUGAACAACCAGUAAAGUUGGCAUUUGUCAUCGUAUCAAAGCGCAUUAAUACAAAGUUCUUCGCAACAAGCGGCCAGGGUACUAACAAUGUACCAGCGGGAACAGUGGUUGAUGAUAUCGUCACUUUACCCGAACGGUACGAUUUCUUCUUAGUAUCACAAGCGGUCAACCAAGGCACUGCAACACCAACAAACUACAAUGUCAUCUAUGACACGUUCGGUUUGCCGCCCGACAAGCUACAAAUGAUGACCUUUAAAAUGUGCCAUCUUUACUACAACUGGUCUGGAACAACCCGAGUACCGGCUGUCUGCCAAUACGCUCACAAAUUGGCAUUCUUGGUUGGCAACUUUUUGCAUCAAGCCCCAGCCAAUGAACUAUCUCAGUACCUUUACUUCCUUUAAAGUGAGAAAUCACGAUGAAGAUGGUCGUCGCAUUGAAACGCUUCUUUGGACUGACACUAAUAUAACCAUUUACGGAAGAAGACGUACUCUUCCAAGAAAAAAAAACACAUUUUUACAAUCAACAUUUUUAAACACAAGCUUUGUGAGCAAAGCCAUUAUUUUUUUAAUCUUUUUUCAUACAAACAAUUUUUUUUUUCUUUCAAAAAAGUCAUGAGACAAAACGAAGUAUUAAACGAUAAUCACCUAACUGAAGCAUGUUGAAAAAAAUAUGGUCAAUUUAACAGACGUAUCGAGACAAAUCUGAUUGAAUACAUAUUUUGCAUGACACACUUUUUUUUUAAAAGAAUACCCAAAUUUCACAAGAAAAUACCAUUUUUCUCAUUGAACAAAGACAGAUUUAUUUUAAUAACCAGUGGCAUGAACUGGAUUUUUUUAAAGUUUUAAAUCAAAUAUUUCGAGUUGACUCUCAACAAAAUAUAUUUUUAUUAUAAAAGUAAAAACAAUUUUUGAAUAAAACGUUAAA